AUAUGAAGAUGAAUAAAAUUAUGAUCCAAAUUAUGAAGAAGGUGAAGAAGAAUAUAUAUAUGAUAAUUAAGAAAUGGGUUAAUUUGCAGAUGAGGAAGAAUAUAUGGAAUAUUUAAGGAUGUAAUAAUAAAAUUAAUAAUAAUAAAUUAUGAUUAUCGAAGAUAAUGAUUUUGAUCCUAAUUAUGAGCCAAAUGAAUAAGAAAUCGAAGAAUAUGCGAAAUAUUUAGGAAUGGAUGCCGUUGAAGAUCGAGAAUUUUUUUAUAUUGCAAAAGAAGGACUUAAAUAACCAUUACCGGAACCUUGGAAACAUGCAUAAAUAGGAGGACAUGAUGAAAUAUAUUUUUUUAAUAUGGAAACUGAAGAAUUUUAGGAUGAACAUCCAUUAGAUGAAAUUUAUAGGAAAAAAUUUAUUGAAUGUAAAAGGGAAAAAAUAAAUAAAAGCUAAAUUAAGUCGAAAAAAAGAUCGAAAUUGUAAAAUUUAAUUUAGGAAUAUGGAAAUGAUGAUAGUAAUGUUGAUAAUAAUAAUAAAUAAAAAGUUUAAAAAUAAGAUUUUGAUGAUAUUGAAGAAGUUUAACUAGAUGAUAUGGUUAUGGACAAAAAUAAUAAAAAUAGUUUGAAAAAUAAGGAUAGCAAUGGGAAAUUAUAAACUUUAAAUUAAGAAGAAGAAAGCUAAAAUAGUUAUAAGGAAAAAUAAAAUAAAAUUUAAAAUUAAAUAAAUAAAGAGGAAA